AUGUUAGCUGUGGGGCAGAUGGAGGCUAACCGGCAGAGUGCUUUCGUCCUGGGCAGCACCCCGCUGGCGGCGUUGCACAACAUGACCGAGAUGAAGACGUCCCUUUUCCCGUACUCGCUGCAGCAGAGUCCGGCUGCGGCUGCGGCAGCUGCGGCGGCGGCGGCGAGCUUCAAGGCGCCGUCGCUGUCCAGCCUCAACUCGCAGAUGUCCACUGGAGCCACCCCGCAUGGAAUAAGCGACAUUCUUGGGAGACCCAUCACCACCGCCGGCCAGUUGCUCUCCGCCGGCUUCCCCAGGAUCAACGGCAUCAACGGGCUGGCUAGCACUGCCGCCGCCGCAGCAGCUGCCGGGAUGUACUUCGGGCCGGCCGUGUCCCGCUACCCGAAACCGCUGGCAGAGCUCCCCGGGAGGGCGCCCAUCUUUUGGCCCGGCGUCAUGCAGGGAUCUCCUUGGAGGGACCCGCGCGUGCCUUGCCCCUCUCAGUCCAGCUUGAUGAUGGACAAGGACGGCAAAAAGAAGCACUCCAGGCCCACUUUUUCUGGCCAGCAGAUUUUCGCACUGGAAAAAACCUUCGAGCAGACCAAGUACCUGGCAGGACCGGAGAGAGCUCGCCUGGCCUACUCGUUAGGGAUGACCGAGAGCCAAGUCAAAGUGUGGUUCCAGAACAGGAGGACCAAGUGGAGGAAAAGGCACGCUGCAGAAAUGGCCACGGCCAAGAAGAAGCACGACUCGGAGACAGAGAAGAUGAAGGAGAGCUCGGACAACGACGAGGACGACGAGUACAACAAGCCGCUCGACCCCAACUCGGAUGACGAGAAGAUCACGAGACUGUUGAAAAAGCACAAGAGCAACGGAGGCGGCGGCAAUUUAGCCCUCAUCAGCCCCUGUAGUAACAGCUCGGACACCUUGUGA